AUGUCUAUGAGAAUAUCCAAGACACAGAGAGUGUCGCCCCUUGAUACACAUGAUGAAAUGAAUGAAUCAGAGAUAAAUGCACCUAAAGGUUACCUACGUAAAAUUCUAUACUAUAUGACUAUGUCUCCAUCAGAUAUUCAGUUGGUGGUGUAUGAACAGAUAGAAUCUAUAAACUGGGAUGCCAAAGCAGUUGAAAUUGCUAAACCUUUAGGGAUGAGUGCUACUCUAUUAUUUUACGCAUUGAGAUUAUUACAGGAUAACAUUGUUAAACCAAAUUAUUAUAAAGAACAUAGAAAUCAAAAUGCCUUUGAUUUAUCCAAAUCUCAAACAUUGAGGGAAAUGCCGUAUCUAGAUCGAUACCUGACGUCCAAAAUAUCUGUCGAAAGGAAACAAUAUGCGUGGUUUAGUACCAUUGACACAUUUAUUAACUGUGCUUUGUUCGUAUUGAUAUUGAUAGAUAUCAAAAUAUCAUACACAUAUUUAUACCAACAGUUCAAAACCUAUUCGAUAUUCAACAGUGAACCUUCAAAAAGUUCACCAAAUUUAACCAAAUGUUCCCUUGAUGAUCUUUCAAAGAGUUAUUACAAAUACAUAAGCAGAAAAAAUAUAUGGUCCAUGUUAAAAUACUUCAUAUUUGAGAAAACUAAUGGCGAAAUGCUUGAUCAUGAAUUAAGUGAUAAGUAUUUCUAUACAUUGAAUAAAUGGAAUCCAACUAAAUUCAUGACUCAACUGUUUGUCUUUUUCAACCCAACUAUAAUAGGUUUUCUUUGGAUAUCUGAUGUCUCAUUUAUAACUUUUUUGGUAGUGCUAUUAAACUGGUCAAUUUUAAGCUUUGUGAUAUUGCAAAGAUAUGAAGUGAAACUAGUAGACGAAUCAAUAAUAUCAUCGGCAACCAUAGAUGAUAUACAGAAGAAGGUUAUUCAACCUAAUGUUAACAAAAGAUUUCAAAAUGUGAUGGUAGAUGCAACAGAUUAUAGACAACCGUUCGUCAAAUUUGAACCAUCUAUUCUUCAUAACCCAAUCUUCGAAACUCACUCUUUAAACGGUGAUUUAGUUAAGGAGAAAUAUAACAGGUUGACUUUCGAGUUUGAGGAUAUUCCUGAUGAGACUAAUGCCCAUAACAUAAUAACGAAUUAG